AUGGCAGCAGCAACUACUCUCAAGUACCUCACCGUUCCCGCCAUCGGUAAACAUACCGCCACGGUUCUGUUCGUCCACGGUUUAGGCGACACAGGACAUGGCUGGAAGCCUGUCGCCGACAUGUUCAAAGCCGACCCUGCUCUAGCUCACGUCAAGUGGAUUCUUCCACAUUCACCUACGCGAACAGUAAAAGCUAAUAUGGGCAUCGAAAUGCCUUCAUGGUUCGACAUAUACUCAUUUGGGUUCGACACCGAUGAGGACGAGAUGGGCAUGCUUCAGUCUGCGCGCAUGAUCAGUGGGCUGAUAUCAGCAGAAGUCGAUGGAGGGAUUGACCCCCGACGCAUUGUUCUUGGAGGCUUUAGUCAAGGCGGCGCAAUGUCACUCCUGACGGGACUUACGGGGGAGCGAAAGCUAGCAGGAGUCGCCGUCCUAAGUGGCUGGUUGCCACUGCGAAAUAAAUUCAAGGCGAUGGCUUCGCAGCACGCAGCCUCCAUUCCUGUCUUUUGGGGUCAUGGCGCAGCAGAUCCUCUCGUCAAAUAUCAAUUCUGUAAAGAUUCGGCUGAUUUCCUCACCCAGACCCUUGGAAUGCCUCUUGCUCCUACAGGAGAAUGCAAAGGACUGUCUUACAACAUCUACGAGGGUAUGGGCCACACGACAACCCAGAAGGAAUUGGACGAUCUCAGAGAGUGGAUCAAGAAAGCCAUCCCUGGCGAAGAAGCACAGUCUUGAUUCAUUAAGUGCCAGCAGAUACUGUUAGAUUAUAUCGUCAUCCUUGAUUCUUUCUUAGUGUCCGUCACGUUUUUACCCCCUCGUCCUUUUUCAUACUUACUCGGUCGGCUGGCCCAAGAUCAUUUCCUGUUUUCACAGAUAUUUUAUCCCUCCACCGUUGUACAACGCACAUGCAAAAAAAGACUUUUACCUUAUCACUC